AGGCACCCGUGGUGGUUCUUUAAGCUACCAAAAAUUGCCCAAGUUUGUGUGACAUCAGCUCUGUGAAGUGUCCAUGAUGCUGGGCCCUGAGGGAGGUGAAGGCUAUGUGGUCAAACUUCAUGGCCUACCCUGGUCCUGCUCAAUUGAGGACGUACAAAACUUCCUCUCCGACUGCACAAUUCAUGAUGGGGUCGCAGGUGUUCAUUUCAUUUAUACUAGAGCAGGCAAGCAGAGUGAUGAGGCUUUUCUUGAACUUGAGUCAGAAGAUGAUGUAAAAUUGGCUCUGAAAAAAGACAGGGAAAGCAUGGGACACCAGUAUAUUGAGGUGUUCAAGUCACACAGAACCGAGAUGGAUUGGGUGUUGAAGCACAGUGGUCCAAACAGCCCUGACAGCACCAAUGAUGGCUUUGUGAGGCUGCGGGGACUCCCAUUUGGUUGCACAAAGGAAGAAAUUGUUCAGUUCUUCUCAGGGUUGGAAAUUGUGCCAAACGGUAUCACAUUACCUGUGGACCCAGAGGGCAAGAUUACAGGGGAGGCGUUCGUUCAGUUUGCCUCACAAGAGUUAGCUGAGAAAGCUCUAGGAAAGCACAAGGAGAGACUAGGGCACAGGUAUAUUGAAGUGUUCAAGAGGAGUCAGGAAGAAGUUAGGUCAUACUCAGACCCACCUCUAAAGUUCAUGUCUGUGCAGAGGCCUGGGCCCUAUGACCGGCCUGGCACAGCACAGAGAUACAGUGACAUUGUCGAACAGGCAGGCUUGGAUAGGAUAAGGUCUGGUGCCUAUAGUGCAGGCUAUGGGGGCUAUAAAGGAUACAGUGGCCUCAGUGAUGGCUAUGGCUUCACCACUGACCUGUUUGGGAGAGACCUCAGCUACUGUCUCUCAGGGAUGUAUGAUCACAGAUACGGAGACAGCCAGUUCACAGUGCAGAGCACCACCGACCAUUGCAUCCACAUGAGAGGGCUGCCCUACAAAGCAACAGAGAACGACCUUUACAACUUCUCUCCACUCAACCCUGUGAGAGUUCAUAUUGAGAUUGGUCCUGAUGGAAGAGUGACGGGAGAAGCUGAUGUUGAGUUUGCCACCCAUGAAGAAGCAGUGGCAGCUAUGUCCAAGGACAGGGCCAACAUGCGGCACAGAUACAUAGAACUCUUCCUGAAUUCAACAACAGGGGCUAGCAAUGGGGCUUAUAGCAGCCAGGUGAUGCAGGGCAUGCGAGUGUCAGCUGCCCAGGCAACUUACAGUGGCCUGGAGAGCCAGUCAGUGAGUGGCUGUUACAGGGCCGGCUACAGCGGUCAGAACAGCAUGGGUGGAUAUGAUUAGUAUAAGUAGGA